UGAAUCGGAUAUAUGUCCAGCUGAGGAUGCUGUUCAGGCCUUCUUAGAGUACUUGGUUGAGCCAAUGCUUCCGGCUAAAUCUUUUCUGCAGGGCACUCCAUCGCAGUCCCUACAGCAAUCAGUCGCAAAACAGUUAGGGUUUUUCUGUUUCCAGAGUUGUGGCUAUUUUCUCUAGUCUCAAGGGUUGCAGCUAGGGUUUCUUGUCUAUCAUGUCUUCUGAAAUUGGAGAUUCUCUUCUGGUUCGAUUCAAUGGAAAGAAUUAUGCUGCGUGGUCUUUUCAGUUUCAACUUUUGGUGAAAGGGAAGGAACUUUGGGGUCAUAUUAAUGGGAGUAGUGUGGCACCAGAUGACAAAGAUCAGCGGGCUUCUUGGGAAAGCAAGGAUGCUCGAGUCAUGUCUUGGAUUCUUGGAUCUGUUGAUCCCCAUAUUAUCUUGAAUUUACGCUCAUCCAAGAAUGCUUGUGAUAUGUGGAAUCAUCUCAAGCGGCUGUAUACUCAGAAUAAUGCAGCUAGGAGAUUUCAACUCGAACUAGAGAUGUCGAAUUUCUCUCAAGGAGCUCUCUCUGUGGAGGAGUUUUAUUCUGGUUUUUGUAACUUGUGGGCUGAGUAUACAGAUAUUGUAUACACAUCAAUUCCAGCAACAAGUUUGGCCGAUAUUCGAGCUGUUCAUGAAGCAAGUAUGCAGGCACAGUUUCUUAUGAAACUAAGGCCUGAAUUUGAAUUUAUUCGUGCUAAUCAGAUGAACCGAGAUCCUGUGCCUCCACUUGAUAUGUGUUUGGGAGAAAUAUUGCGAGAGGAGCAAAGAUUGAUGACUCAAACAGCCAUGGAACAAGCUACUCCAGCUCCUGUGGCAUAUGCAGCUCAAGGAAAAAUCAAAGGGAGGGAUUUGAGCACUGCUCAAUGCUAUAGUUGCAAAGGUUAUGGGCAUAUAGCUGCAAAUUGCUCUAAGAAAACUUGCAACUAUUGCAAGAAGCAAGGACAUAUCAUCAAGGAUUGCCCGAUACGUCCUCCACGUCGCCAAGAAACUGCCUAUUCAGCUGCUGCUAGGCUACUAGUGCUGCUAGUUCUACCUUGGCCACUUCCUCUCAUGUUCCAGCUUCCACUUCUCAAAAUCCCACCUCUAUUACACCAGAAAUGGUACAACAAAUGAUCAUCUCAGCUCUUUCAGCUUUUGGUAUUUCAGGUAAAACCAAAUCUGCCUCUAAACCUUGGUAUUUUGAUUCCGGUGCCACCAACCAUAUGACAAGUGCCUCUCACUCUCUUGUUAAUAUCUCACCGUAUGCUGGUCCACUAAAAAUUCACAUGGUAGAUGGUAGUGCCCUACCUAUCACUGCCAUAGGUGAUAUUUCUCCUUCCUUGAAAAAUGUUUUGUUGUCUCCUUCAUUAAAUACUAAUCUGAUUUCUAUUGGCCAAUUAGUUGACAACAAUUGUAGGGUGUCAUUCACUUCUUUUGGAUGUCUUGUACAGGAUUAGGUGACUGGGAAGAUGAUCGCGAGGGGUCCUAAAGAGGGUCGGUUGUUUCCUUUAUGUUUAGAUUCAAAAUCUGUUGAGUCAAAGUCCUUAUCUUCGUUUUCUUGUAAUGUUGGUACUUUGAGUGUGAAGGAUUGGCAUAGGCAUUUGGGCCAUCCCAAUUCUCACAUACUUCAUAAGUUGUUAUCUUCCGGUUUAAUUGGCAAUAAAUAGCUCUAUUCUCUUGAUCAAUUAAAUUUUGAUUGUGAUACAUGUAAGCUAGCUAAAAGUAAAGUUUUGCCUUUUCCUUCAAAAGGAUCUCAUGCCACUCGUGCCUUUGAUGUUAUUCAUAGUGAUGUAUGGGGUAUUGCCCCGAUUGAAUCUCAUGAUUGUUAUAAAUAUUUUGUGACGUUUAUUGAUGAUUAUACUCGUUUUACGUGGAUUUACUUUCUUUGUACUAAGAAUGAAGUAUUUCCAGUAUUCAAGCGUUUCUUGGCUUAUCUCACUAAUCAAUUUUCUGCCACUCCUAAGGUUCUUUGCUCCGAUUCAGGAGGAGAAUAUAUAUCUAAUGAGUUUCAAACGUUCCUUCAAGAUCAAGUAAUUAUUUCUCAACGUUCUUGUCCAUAUACUCCACAACAAAAUGGAGUAACUGAAAGAAAGAAUCGUCAUCUUCUUGAUAUGGUCCGGGCUCUCCUAAUUGAUUCGGAUGUGCCCUCUUGUUUUUGGUGUGAAACUUUGUUUACUGCUGUAUAUUUAAUUAAUAGAUUACUUACUCCAGUAUUAGACUAUGUUUCUCCUUAUUCUUUGCUAUUUGGGCACUCCCCAGACUAUUCUCAAUUGCACUCAUUUGGUUGUGUUUGUUUUGUGCAUCUUCCAUCUCACGAAAGACACAAACUCUCUACUCAAUCAAUCAAAUGUGCUUUUUUGGGGUAUAAUUCUUUUCAAAAUUUAUUUGUUAUGAUCCUUAGGCUAAAUGCAUUUGAGUUUCUCGCAAUGUGGUGUUCUUUGACAAACAACAAUUUUUUCAUACUCAUCUAGACCCUAUUCCUCCUAGUUUUUGUGUUUUGCCAAAUUUUUCAGAUGAGAAUACAACUUCUACACCAGCUUCCGCUCGAUUUAAACCUGGUUGUGUUUACACCAGGCUUAAAUCACCUCAUCCAGCAGAGUUGACCGCUCUUUCUGCCCCCUCUGAGCAUCUAACCGUGGCUCCUGAUCAAUCCCUUGACACAUCUUAUGAUCCACCAUCUCGUUGGCAUACUUCUAGAGUCUCCAAAGCCCAAAUCGCUGCAUGCCAUUGUGUUACUGUACAACUACUACCUAAGGAAACGACAUCCGCAGUUGGAAGUCUUGGGGUUUGAGGCCUUUUGCAAAUUGGUUGUGAUUCUGAAACCGGCGUUAUUGGCGCAUAUGAAACUCAUGCAAAGAUCUGACGAUACUGAAUUGGAUGACUUGGAGAAACAGCUUUCAGUUACAGAGAGAACAAUCAUGGAAGCAUGUGAUAUAUCCACAAAAUUAGAUGCAGCAAAAGAUGUUCCAAACAUAGAGGGAUGGCCAAUAUCCAAAGUUUCAGUUCUCUUAUUUGACUACAAGAAGGAGAACUGCUUCUUGCUUUUCAGUUCCACCACCCAGGGAGUUUGGUCUGUGAUUGAAAAAGAUGUUGACAUCUCUAAUCUCAAUUCAGAAGGUCAAGUAGAGGCAAAACAGAUGAACAGAAAGAGAAGAGUCAUUAGAAAACCUUCAAAAGAAGAGUCAAGUGUCAAUGAAUCUGCUUUGCUCCAGCUUGCAUAUUUAGCUGUUGAGGAGGCAACGGGUAUUAACAAGACUGAUCUAGUGGUUUCGGAAAGCCAUGUUGUAUGUUCUCUCAGCAAAGAAAAGACAGCUGUUCACUUUUAUAUAAUGUACUGCACCCAAUCAGUCAAUGAAGCUGGAUUUCAAGUUCCUGUUAAAGAUGCUCUAGAAAGCUUGCAGGGUCCCUUGGUCAGAAAAAGCUCCAGCAGAUGGAUGGUUACACCACUGGUUGAGUACUUCCACAUGCUUCCUUAUGCUGGCAUAGUGUCAACCUGGCUUUCGAGGGAAGUGCCUUCAGGUUUGCAGGAUGCAAGGGUGGGAGGGGGAAAUUCAAACUUGAAUGGCCCUGACAGGACUGAGAACGAUUUAAGGGUGGGAGAAGGAAAUUCAAAUUUAAAUAGCCCUGACAGGGCAGAAAAACUCUGCACUCCAGAAAUCCAUAAAAGUGGAAACAGUCCUCAUAUAGAUGAUGGACUAGAAGGGAUUUUUGGCAACGAGACAAAGAGCAGUGAUACUGACUCACUUGAGGAGAAGAAUAAGAAUGUAUGGAAGAAUAAGAAUAAUGGAGAGAAAUGCAAGAAGAUUGCAGAUACCAUCCAAGUUGACAAUCAUCAAGAAAAGAUGAGUAACUUUAGGGAAAGUGAUUUAAAUGGCUCAACAAGUGACAUCAAAGCUAAGUCUCUACAGCAGCACAAGAUAGAAGAUGAAAUUGCUCAGUGUGAUAAAAAAAUCCAGAAGAUUUUAAAUGGUAGUGAAGAUGAUUUGGCCUUAAAGAUAGAACCUGUAAUAGAAGGUUGUAAUGGUGCAAACCUUAGAAGUAUUCCCAAAGAAAGAACUUACCAGCAACUUGAAGACCAACAUUCACCUCAAAACUUCGAAAGGAAAAGAUUGUCAGAGGCUGUUCUCAGUAUGCAAAAUCCAUGCCAGCCUGUGGCCCUUCCAGACGAAUUUAGUCAGUGCCUUGAGGAAAUUAAGCCUAGUGCUGCUGCCAGGGCGAAGGCAUAUGAGGACGGGAGGUAUGGGAAGAUGUCCGCGAAGCGCAACAAAGGGUCAAAUAGCAUGGAGUCUGAUGGUGCCUAUGAUUUACAGGUCCAUUGUAUGAAGUUGCUGGAAGCAAUUACACCUUCGCUGCCCCCCAAGCAGUUUAAUAAGGCCUUUGAACGAUUACUUGAUCCGUCAGUGCAGAGAUCUUUCAUAGCAAUUUCUGAUAUUCGCAGGAGUGAAUGGGCUUGGAAUUUGCCUUGAGUAGGUCUUGAUGAAGACAUCGGGAGGACUAUUCGGUUUGGUAUUUUAUGCUUAUCAGUUUGAGGGAUAAUCAUUUAUCUUUGAUUAUUUAUGUCAUUUAUGUCACUUUUAUUUAUUGAUGUUGAACAACAUUUGACUUAACAUUUUACUUGGAGUUUGGAUGACUUUGCUGUUAUUUUAUGAACAUUUAUGCAGUGGGUAAUUAAGAUGUGACAGUAAUGGUCAUUAUAAUUAGCAUAAAGUUGAAACUUUGAUUUUAUGGGCA